AUGGCGGUUUGCAUUGCUGUGAUCGCCAAGGAGAAUUACCCUCUGUACAUUAAGAGCACCCCAACGGAAAAUGAACUCAAGUUCCACUACACGGUGCACACUUCCCUCGACGACAUGGAUGAGAAGAUCUCAGCAAUGGGGAAGGCUCUUGUGGAUCAGAGAGAGCUCUACCUGGGGUUGCUGUACCCAACAGAAGACUACAAAGUAUAUGGCUAUGUGACAAACUCCAAAGUGAAGUUUAUUAUGGUGGUGGAUUCUUCCAACAUGGCUCUCCAAGGCAAUGAAAUCUGGAAUAUGUUCAGAAAGCUGCAUAAUUCUUACACAGAUGUCAUCUGCAACCCCUUUUAUAUCCCUGGAGACCAAAUCCAGUCCAGGGCCUUUGACAACAUGGUGACGUCCAUGAUGGUGCAGGUUUGUUGA